AUGAGUGCUGUUCCAUCGACGCUGCCAAACACGCGAGACGAAGUUGAGGCGUGGCUCUUGAACAACUUCAUGGCAUUCGACUCCCUGGACAUCACGGAACACCCCAAGAUCUUCGCGAAGAACGCACAGCUGCAGUUCGCGAACAACCCUGUCCUCCACGGAAUCGAAGAGAUCCAGCAAAGCUUCGUGUCCGCCUUCAGUGCUCUCUCGUACAUGAAGCAUGUGCCCGUGACCUUUGAUAAGGUAGACAAUAAGGUCUGGUUCACUGUCGAAAUAUCGUACAAAGCCAAGGGUGACCCCAAAAACCAAACGAUCACGAUCCCGGCAUCUGCGCUCGCUCACCUCGUUACGGAGGGCGAGGAGGCUGGAAAGCUGGCUCGGUUCCAGGUUUUCCUCGACAACAGGCCCGUCUUGGAGAGGAUUGAAUAUGUUUCAAAACUCGGAAAUAAAGAAUGA